UCGGGGUCCGCCGCGCUCGGCGGGGGCCCGGCUCUGCUUCCCGGAGAGCCCUCUCCGCGCUGCUCGUCGGUGCGCGCUGCCGGCGCACCGGGAGGCCUCCUGCGGCGUGCCCGGGUCCUGGGCUUCAGAGCUCGUCCUGCGGGAGGGAGGAGCGAGGCGCCAGGGAAGCAGCAGCCGCUGGCACCGGUUGGGCAGCCCCGGGGAGCGUGUCCCCGGUGGGCUCCGGGACGGGGUCCCAGAGGAGAGCCUGGAGCUGCUGCUGGAACCACGACAGGAUGCUCGCGAGCAGUACUUACAUCCAGGUCAUCCAUGGCGGGGGGGGGCUCUUUGUCUGUCACCUUAUCCAGGAGCUGGAUGGGAAACCAGUGGCCAUUGGCACCCUGAACGCCCGGCUCCCCCAUCCCCAUCACCCACAGACACCCCAGGACCCUGCAGCCCGGCUCACCUCUGCAUACUCCUCCAUCAUGGCCCUCUCCACCUCUUCGUCCCCUUCCCAGUCUCGCCAGUUGUCAAAGUCCACGGAGAGCCAGGCCGGCUGCGGGCAGAAGGAGCAUCCCCUGAGAAAGGGGACCUGGCAGCUCCCCCUCGCAGCCUGGGGGUUGCUCUGUGGGGCUGCUGCUGCAUGGGUUAGGCCGGGGAAGGGCAGGAAGGGGAGUGUGCCCCUCCUGACUCUGCCUGCGUUGAGGGAAGGGGGUGCCCCAUCUUUCCUGCAGGGCAGAGGUCUGUGGACUGGUGGUACCCGUGAGGUUGAGCUCCCUUUGGGGUCCAUGUGUGGGGCCCUCAGUUUCUAUCCCAGGGCAGGUUGGUCCCCAGGAGCCACGAGGUGCUGUGUGGGGACAGCACAAGCGCUGAGGCUGGUCCUGGCUGCCAGGCACCACACGCACCUUGAUGUUCUCCUUGGUGAUGCGGGGCCAGGCCACUUUCUCCUUCCAUUUUCUCAUAAAGCAUGUGAUGGAGCGGUCAGAGCGCUUCUCCCGUGAGUCCUGCCAAGAGACCAGGGAUGUCUCACUCCUCUCUGUAAUCCACUGCAGCCACGCACAGGAUUAAAUUCGGCCACAUGCAGGCUGUGGGAGGGACAGAACCACAGAGACAGGUUGUUUCUGGCCCACAGCAGCACCACUAAUGCCAGGCCUGGGCUCAGGGCUCCCAGAUUUGUGCUCACACCACUCAGGCUUUUGGGUAACAGGCAGGAUUCAAUGCUAAGCGGUGUUGCUCGAGGCUCUGUAGGCUGGGUUUAACUCUGAGCCUGACACAGGCUGUCCGAGAAGAGCUCGCUGGAAGGAAGCCUCACCUUGGAGUUGACCCUGGCAUACAGGUUGAUCUCAUUGUAGAACUCCACGCCGUCUGCAUUUUUGCAACUGCCAAAACACCGUAACAGCCUGGCUUAGGAGAGUGAGGCCAGGCAGGCCGUGCCCCUGCAGAGUCCUCCCGCCCUUCACACCACCCUGAGCCAAGGGAUCCAUCCCCGGUACAGGGCAGUGGCAGCUCACCUGAACACCAGCCGCUGCUCCUCAAUGACCACCUUCACAUCCCUGCUGUCCUCGACGCAGAACUCCAGGUAGACGUACCGCGGGCGGUCGUACCACAGCGUCUUUGCGGGUUGCCUUGGCAAAGAGCAGAGCAGCGGGUGCUUCCACGGUGCCCACCAGGCACCGGCUGGGGAUCGGGGCGAGGAAGGUGCCCCAGACACGUGCGCUUUGCCCACCGCGAGGUGGGCGCCGGGCCGAGCAGUGGCCGCUGGCCCGCAGCGCUCCGCUCUCACGCCGCACAUGGGCAGGCAGCGGGGCCCCGGCAGGCCCUGCCCUCGCUCUCCAGUACCGUUCCCGGCGCCAUUCCCCCGGGCUGAGGGUCGAGCCGGGUGUGCCUCGGGCUACGUGCCCUGGGCGGGUGCCCGGCACCGCGAUCGGGUACUGCCCGUCCCGUCCCGUCCCGUUCCCUCCCGUCCCGCCCCGUCCCGCCGGGCCGCUCUCACCUCGCCAUGGCGGUGCCGGCCCCGCCCCGCGCUAUUUCGGGCCGGGGACGCGGCUGCCGCGGGGCCGGCGGCGGGGGCCGGGCCGGGCCGGGCCGGGCGGGGCGCGGCGGGGAGCGGCCUCCGGGCGGGAUCCCCGGGCCCGCCGCGCCGCGGGGGGGCGCGCUGGCCCCGUCCCGCCCCCGCCAGGCCCCGCCCCGCGCCGCGGGGGCAAGAUGGCAGCGGAGCGGCGGCGGCGGUAGCCGUGGCCAUGGAGGCGGAGGGCGGCCCGCUGGGCCCGGGGGAGCGCUGGGCGCCGGUGGGCGCCGUGUCAGCUGCGGCGGAGGAGGAAGAGGAGGAAGAGGAAGAGGAAGAAGACGAGGAGGAGGCGGCGGCGGGCGGGUCGCCGCAGUCGGUGCCGCGGCUGCGGGCCGAGCGGCGGCGGCUGCACGGAGCGCUGCUGGCGCUCGCCUCGCACUUCGCGCAGGUGCAGUUCCGGCUGCGGCAGGUGGCGCGGGCCGGGCCGGGCGAGCAGCGCCGCCUGCUCCGGGACCUGGAGGAUUUCGCCUUCCGCGGCUGCCCCGCGCCGCUCGCCCUCGGCCUCGGCGGAGCCCCGAGUGAGCGGGAGAAGCAGGAGCAGACGGAGGUGCAGAAGGAGAAGCAGAGAGAGCUGAUACUGCAGCUCAAGACACAGCUGGAUGACCUGGAGACGUUCGCUUACCAAGAGGGCAGCUAUGAUUCUCUGCCACAGUCUGUGGUUAUGGAAAGACAACGGAUGAUUAUAAAUGAGUUGAUAAAGAAGCUGGACAUGGACUUGAGUGAAGAUAUUGCAACGCUCUCUCCAGAGGAAUUGCGACAGCGUGUGGAUGCUGCCAUAGCGCAGAUUGUUAAUCCAGCCAGGGUGAAGGAGCAGCUGGUGGAGCAGCUGAAGACACAGAUAAGGGACCUUGAAAUGUUCAUCAACUUCAUUCAGGAUGAAGUUGGAAGCUCUGGUAAGGCAGAAGAUGGACACUGUGAAUGUGCAGGCAAAAAAGAUGGUGGUGGCUCCCACAAACCAAAUACACGGCCUUCUGGAAAUAGAGUGAACCCAGAAGAUGCCAGAAAGAUGAGAGAAACGGGCCUGCACCUCAUGCGUCGCAUGCUGGCUGUGCUGCAGAUAUUUGCUGUCAGUCAGUUUGGUUGUGCUACGGGUCAGAUUCCUCGCACCCUCUGGCAGAAGGACCAAGACAACAAGGACUAUUCCCCCUUAAUCAAGAAACUGGAGCUGUCGGUAGAGCGGGUGAGGCAGCUGGCUAUGAGGUACCAGCAGGAAGACCACGUUAUCAGUUCCUGCGACCUGCAGGACAUUCCCUUAGGAGGCAGGGACGAGCUGACUCUGGCUGUGCGGAAGGAGUUGACCAUUGCUUUGCGAGACCUGAUGGCUCACGGGCUCUACGCCUCUUCCCAAGGAAUGAGCCUGGUAUUGGCACCCAUCGCGUGCCUGAUUCCUGCGUUCACCUCCUCGCCACAGACCAUGCACCCCUGGGAGCUCUUUGUGAAGUAUUACAACGCUAAGAACGGACAAGCCUUCGUGGAAUCCCCGGCUCGCAAACUCUCCCAGUCCUUUGCCUUGCCUGUGACAGGAGGAAUGGCUGUGACACCCAAACAGAGCCUGCUGACAGCGAUUCACACUGUCCUCACGGAGCAUGACCCCUUCAAGCGCAGCGCAGACUCGGAGCUGAAGGCGCUGGUGUGUAUGGCACUGAACGAGCAGCGCCUGGUCUCCUGGGUAAAUCUGAUCUGCAAAUCUGGAGCGCUGGUACAGGCCCACUACCAGCCAUGGAGCUACAUGGCAAGCACAGGCUUUGAGAGUGCGCUCAAUGUUCUCAGUCGCCUGAGCAACUUGAAAUUCAACCUCCCAGUUGACCUGGCUGUCCGGCAGCUGAAAAACAUCAAAGAUGCUUUUUGAUGUAUUUUUAUUGUAGAUCAUCCCUUUUCCACAAGCAGGGCAGCUGCUGGGCUCAAAGCCCGCCUUUUUUAAGACCAACAGUUUGGCUCUUUGAAAUUGAUACUUGCUUUUCGGGAAAUCUUACGGUAUCUUGAUGCUGGAAAUGUGUGUGUUUACAAGACUGCCACUGCAAAGCUUCUGUACAGUGCCUCGCCCUGCCCCUUUUACGCAGCUCUGAAGAGCAAAACCGCUUUGCUGGUGCGUGUUUGGUGUGUGGGGCUGGCAGCGGCCACGGAGCCCUGUGGAGCUGCAGCUUGGCCCCUGUGCUGCCUCUGCUCUAAAUGCUGCCCCCACACGUCUCCUCUCGCAGACCGAGGCGGGCUGAGCCGUGCCGGUGCGUGUUUCACUGCCUCGGGGGCCGCCCUCCCCGGUGUGAACGUGGGAUAAAACCGGUGCAGAGCUGCGGGGGGCUCCUCCGGUGGCUCUGCCCAGCAGUCCCCGAGCUCCUUUUCCCAAGCCGUGCGCACACCGCCGGCCCGCUGUUUCCUAGGGGUGCAUUAAACCGCUUUAGUGUCCGUGUGCGAGAA